UUUCUCCAACCCACAGGUGACGAGUGACGACGGGUCUCCGCGGUCAUGGCGCGCCACCGCGUACGCUGCCUCCUCGCCGCCGCGCUCCUCCUCGUCGCGCCGAUGGCGGCGGCCCAGCCGUGGCAGUUCUGCGGGCAGAGCGGCAACUUCUCGGCGAACAGCGCGUACCAGUCCAACCUCCGCCAGCUCUCCGCCACCCUCCCCAAGAACGCCUCCGCCGCCCUCUUCGCGGCCGGUAGCCUCGGCACCGUCCCGGACAUCGUCUACGCGCUCGCGCUCUGCCGCGGCGACGCCAACGCCUCCGCCUGCGAGUCCUGCGUCGACAACGCCUUCCAGGGGGGCCAGCAGCUGUGCCCCUACAACAAGGACGUGUUCAUCGUCUACGACCUCUGCUACCUCCGCUUCACCAACCGCAACCUCCUCGCCUCCGCCACGGACAACGGGAGCCCCAUGAUGCUCAUGAACGCGCAGAACGCGAGCGCGACGGCGGAGGUGUUCGACGCCGCCGCCGCCACCCUCCUCAACGCCACCAGCGGCUACGCGGCGGCGAACUCGUCCAGGCGGUUCGCCACGGGGGAGGAGGCCUUCGAUGCCGCCGACCCCACCAUCUACGGGCUGUCCCAGUGCACGCCGGACAUGUCGCCGGACGACUGCCGGAGCUGCCUCGGGGGCAUAAUCGCGUUGAUACCUCAGUACUUCGGCCGGAAGAGGGGCGCGAGGGUUAUCGGGACGCGCUGCAACUACAGGUACGAGGUGUAUCCUUUCUUCGCCGGAGGCUCGAUGCUGCGGCUCCCGGCGCCGGCGGCGCCGGCGGCGCCUCCGCCUGCACCUGGACCAGCAAACAUGACCCCACCGGCGCACACCGGAGAAAGAAAGAAAAAUAAAAGUGGAACAGCUCUAGCCAUUGCACUGCCCCUAGUUGUUGUAUUGCUGGCUAUGGUUGCCAUUUGUUUUUCUGUUCAGAGGCGGAGAAAAAGAUCAAGGUCAAAACAGCAACAUUCAUAUUCAAUGCAAAUGGGGGAGGACAUUGAAAGCGUAGAUUCACUUUUUAUCGAUCUAUCAACGCUGCGUGCUGCGACAGGUAACUUUUCCGAGACAAAUAGGCUUGGUGAAGGAGGAUUUGGUUCGGUUUAUAAGGGUGUCCUUCCUAAUGGUGAAGAGAUAGCUGUAAAGAGGCUCUCUAUGAGUUCAGGACAAGGAAUAGAAGAGCUAAAGAAUGAGCUUGUUUUGGUCGCCAAACUUCAGCACAAGAAUCUUGUUAGGCUUGUUGGUGUUUGCUUGCAAGAACAUGAGAAAUUGCUUGUGUAUGAAUACAUGCCCAAUAGAAGUAUCGACACCAUUCUAUUUGAUCUUGACAAAAGGAGGGAACUAGACUGGGGAAAAAGAUUUAGGAUAAUAAACGGAAUUGCUCGAGGAUUACAAUAUCUUCAAGAAGAUUCUCAGCUGAGAAUAAUUCACCGGGACCUCAAAGCAAGCAAUGUUCUAUUGGACUCCGACUAUACUCCUAAGAUUUCGGAUUUUGGUUUGGCAAGGCUAUUUGGGGGUGAUCAAACAAGGGAGAUCACACGCCAUGUUGUCGGAACGUACGGAUAUAUGGCGCCAGAAUAUGCGAUGCGUGGGCACUAUUCUGUAAAGUCAGAUGUCUUUAGCUUUGGCAUAUUGAUGAUAGAAAUUGUGACAGGAAGGAGAAGCAGUGGUUCACUCAGCUUUGAUCAAUCAAACGAUCUCCUAAGUCUUGUAUGGGAGCACUGGACCAUGGGAACAAUUUUGGAGAUGAUGGAUCCCUCUCUUACAAGCCAUGCUCCUCGAGACCAGAUGCUCAAGUGUAUUCACAUUGGGCUACUGUGUGUUCAAGAUAACCCAGCAGAUAGACCUAUGAUGUCAACAGUGAAUGUCAUGCUUAGCAGCAGCACAGUGUCUCUUCAAUCUCCAUCCAAGCCAUCAUUUUUCAUUCCCAAAAGUGACACAGACUCAAAUAUAUACUCGGAAUCACACCCACUAACUUCCCAAUCGACUGCCUCGACCGGUAGGUCGGGAGGGAUGUCAGUUAAUGAUGUGUCAAUUACAGAGCUUGAACCAAGAUAAGGAAACCAAAUCCUUCGAAUUUAAGAUAAGAAAAUCAGUGACAACGGUAAUUGAAUUGUUACUUUUAAGAAACAAACUUCAGGGAGAAGGCCAUAAACUUGUAGGAGAAGCAUUGAAUUCUGAGUGCAUUUCUCCAUUGGCUGAGUCAAUAUUUUGGUUGGUUUUGUUUGUUCGUACAAGCCACCCUUGUUUAUUUUAUAGUUUGAAAAUUGGUUGGUUGCACAUCCAGUGACAAAAAUUUAUGUAGAAGCUAUACACACAAAAUAAAAAUUUGUUGCAAACCUUUUACUGA